AUGGCUGCGUCCAGUAACGCCGAUGGCUCUCCUGAGAGGUCGGUACCGCUCAAGACGCUGAAGACCGAGCUCCCUUCUCCCGACUCAGACGAACUGAGCGACGGGAUCCAAUUCCAUUCUGACUUAUCCGCGCCCAACAGGUUUUGCCCUCUGAAUAUUUCCAUCUCGACACUGGCGGCCCAGGGCGGUCCGGCCUCCGGUUCCAACACCACCUCCAGCAGCUGCAGCGCCGGAUUCACGGUGUGCCGGGGCAUGUCCUGGACCCCCGCCGAGACUAACGCACUGAUCGCGGUGUGGGGGAAUGAGAGACUGGCCGAGGCCCGCUUGCAGCAGCUGGAGGUAGCGGGGACGGUGUUCAGCGGUAAAGCUCCAGGACCGGCCAUGUACGAGCGGGUCUCCAGAGCAUUAGCAGAGCUCGGUUAUGACCGAACACCGUCUCAGUGCCGGGAGAGGAUGAAGACCCUACGGCGAUGCUACAGCCGAGUGAAGGAGCACGGCAUCGGGAAAAGAAAGAGCAGCUACUCUAUAGAGCAGCUGGAGAAAGUGUUCGGUCAGGGUGGCUGGGACUCCCAGACCUGCCAGCCGGUACUGAUAAACAGCAGCGGCCUUUAUCAGGAGAUGGAGUCAGACAGCAGCACGAUGGAGGACUACCCUCAGGAGGACUGGUGCAGUCAGGAUCUGUCUGCUGCCUUCCAGGAGGGGCAGAUAAAAGCUGAGGAGAUCCAACUUCCAAAGAACCAAGUUCUACAGUUAAGCCCAGAAGACUCUGCACAUGCCCAGCGACAAGAAGCUAUGCAGAACGUGAUGCAGAUACUGGAGUCAGUAGACGUCAAAUGGGAGCACUUCCAGACAUGGACAGAUUUCUCACGCCUUCACCUCUCCAACAAGCUGGCCAUCUUCGGAAUCGGUUACAACACAAGAUGGCAAGAGAAAAUCCGUUACCACUACGCCGAGAUCAGCUCACAGGUGCCUCUGGGAAAGCGCCUGCGGGAGUACUUCAACCCAGAGAAGACCGAGGGCAGGGUGAUUUUGACCAAAAUUCAGAAGAUGAAUUGGAAAAAUGUGUACUAUAAAUACCUGGACAUCACGAUAAGUGAAGCUCGGUGUCUGGAGCUUCACAUGCAGGUGGCCUGGAUUCCAGUCGAACAAACUAGUGGUUCAGGUUACAGCAACGGCUCGCUCUACCUCCUUCCGGGUGGCAUUCCGAAAACGUACGGCCUGUACGCCGUCGGAUAUGAGGAGAAAACAGGGACUAGUACCUUAUGCACUGAAAAUAGUGAUUUCUCCAACGACAUGCUGGAAAGAGAGCAUGGUGAAAGUGAAAAGAGUAAAAGGACUUCAGCCAAAGUAACAUACUGCUACCUCGGCAUAGCAGAAGAACAGACCCUUCAGCAGUGCCUGUUCCAGCACUUUCCGUGUUCAGGGAGGCUCUGCGGUCAGCCUGAAUCGUCAGCCAUUAGCAGAUUUUUGCAGGAAAACUGCUCCAAGGAUGGAGGUUUGUCUUCCGGAAUGAACAUUUAUAUUAAAUUUAUUGACGUGGAGCUGGACUUCCUCUCAGCCGGAUCCUUGGUGGAAUGUUUAGAAACGGCAGUCGGGUAUUCAUUAAAGUUUAACCAGAAGGACGCCUUCUAACUUCAUAUUCUAAUGACUUAAAUGGAAGAAUACUUGACAAAUAUUGGUGUUGCAUGACUGCACUGAGGGGAUCUAAACACACCUCAGCUCACCAGCUCAACUUAUUAUUGCAGGAAUAAGUUUAUGAAUCAUUUGGAAUUAUAUUUAAGAUGUGGUCUGAUCUCUAUCCAGGGAAUAAAAGUGGACAAAUACAUUCUGCAAAAACUAAUUACAUACAAACACCUGCUCAUUUAACCUCAUAUGGUGCUUCAGAUCAAUGUUAACAUGCAGUAAGGUGCAUUUGUGGGCAGUGGUAGCUUUGAGGUUAAGGUGUACUGGACUAGUGAUUGGAAUGUUGCUGGUUAAAGUUUCACCACAGACUGUUGGCCGCUGAUCAAGGCCCCUAACAAUGCUUGUAUUGUAUUUGGCCACAGAUAAUAAGUCGCUUUGGAUAAAAGCGUCAGCUAGAUGCAGUAAAUGCAAAUUAAGGAAUUAGUCAUGGUUACAUUUUUGGUUGAACAUUACUCAAGGAUAACUCACAGUACUUAUGACUAUUAUGGUUUCCCAUCUAUUCCUUAUUUUAUCCAUCCGCUUAUCAUUUACAAUUGAAGGCAUACGUUUAC